UAAUGAAUGAGAUAGAACAAGAGAGAGAGAGAGAGAGAAGUAUGAAAUGUAAAGCAGGGCAUCUCAUUUUCCUUUCCUUUUCCCUUUGAAAUUUUUCUCUUACAUAUUUAUACACAACUCUUCUUCUUCUUCACCAAAGUUUGGAUGGAUAGAUCUCUUAAAAAAUUAAGAACAAAAAAACCACUCAUAGAACAAAAUAAAACCUUUUCAACCCAUUCUUUAUUUUAUUUCUUCAAUCCCACUCACCCUCUUCAAUUUUCUUGAUUGACUUCAAUUUUUGAUUCUUGAAUUUCACUAAAGAAUCCAAGAAAUGAGAGCUGGACUCAACACCAUUCAACAAACGCUUACACCAGAGGCGGCGAGCGUAUUAAACCACUCGAUAGCAGAAGCUACUCGCCGGAACCACGGCCAGACGACCCCACUGCACGUCGCCGCCACUCUGUUAUCUUCCCCAACUGGGUAUCUCCGGCAAGCAUGUAUCAAAUCACAUCCCAACUCCUCCCACCCGCUUCAGUGCCGAGCUUUAGAGCUUUGUUUCAGCGUCGCCCUCGAAAGAUUACCCACCGCGCAAAAUCUUAGCCCCGGCCACGACCCGCCUAUUUCUAACGCGUUAAUGGCCGCUUUGAAGCGAGCUCAGGCUCAUCAGAGACGAGGCUGCCCGGAGCAGCAACAGCAGCCGUUGUUAGCGGUUAAAGUUGAGCUUGAACAGCUGAUUAUAUCGAUUUUAGAUGAUCCCAGUGUUAGUAGAGUUAUGAGAGAAGCUAGUUUUUCUAGUCCCGCUGUUAAAGCUACAAUUGAACAAUCUUUGUCUAUAACCUCAUCUUCUGCCACCGCCGCUUGCGGUGGCGGUGCUGGUGUUGGAGGUGGUGUUUCGAAUUCGGGUUCUUUUGGAUUCGGGUUUCGAACGAAUACCUCUUUGGUGCCCGGUCCGCUCACCGGACCAGGUACGAAUCGGAGUAUGUAUGUUAAUCCGAGAUUGCAACAAGGGGGCGGACCGAGCGGGCCGCAAUUUGGGCAGCAGAGGAAUGAGGAGGUGAAGAGAGUUGUUGAUAUUUUAUUGAAGAAUAAAAAGAGGAACCCUGUUCUUGUUGGUGAAUCGGAGCCGGAGAUGGUGGUCAAGGAGUUAUUAAAAAGAAUAGAGAACAAAGAAAUUGGAGAUGGGUUGUUAAAAGAUGUUCAUGUGAUUCAUUUAGAAAAAGAGUUUCUUGAUAAAUCACAAAUGUCUACGAAGAUUACGGAAUUAGGAGGCGUAAUCGAGUCGAAAAUCGGGAAUUCGGAUUGCGGCGGAGUAAUUCUCAAUUUGGGUGAUUUAAAAUGGCUAGUUGAGCAGCCAGUGAGUUUUUCGGGCACUGGCGGUGGCGGCCAGCCGCAGCAGCAGAUUGUUUCGGAGGCGGGGCGAGCGGCGGUGGCGGAGAUGGGGAAGGUGUUGGGUAAGUUUGAAGAGAGGAGUUGUGGGAGGGUUUGGCUGAUUGGAACUGCUACUUGUGAGACAUAUUUGAGGUGUCAAGUGUAUCAUCCUUCCAUGGAAAAUGAUUGGGAUCUGCAGGCUGUGCCUAUAGCACCUAGAGCACCUCUCCCAGGAAUGUUCCCCAGGCUUGGAUCCAAUGGGAUUCUUGGAAUAUCUGGAGAGUCUUUAUCGUCUUUGAAGGGCUUUCCGACAAUUACACCUGUUCCGCUAAGGCGUUUUGCGGAGAACUUGGAUCCUGUGCGAAAAACGAGUUGUUGCCCACAGUGUAUGCAGAAUUAUGAGCAAGAGCUAUCAAAAGUUUCAAAGGAAUCUGAGAGAUCUUCUUCAGAGCUUAAAUCAGAAGCUACUCAACCAACACUGCCACAGUGGUUGAAAGAUGCUAAGUCUCAAGAGGACGACAAUAAAACAUCAGAUCAGACUGCGACGAAGGAUCACGAGCUAAUGUUAAAUCAGAAGACUGUAGAGUUGCAGAAGAAAUGGUAUGAUACAUGCUUGCGUCUUCAUCCUGGUUAUCAUCAGCAUAACAUUGGCUCUGAGAGAAUUAUGCAACAACCUCUCUCUACGACAAGCUUGUACAAUCCGAGCUUGCUCGCUCGUCAACCUUUCCAGCCAAAAUUAGGCUUGAACAGAAUUCUUGGUGAAACUCCGCUACUGAACCCAAAAUUGAACUCCAAGAUCGGUGGAAUUCCACAAUUGAACAUGAAAACUGGUGGGACUCCACAAUUGAACUCCGUUGCUGGUGAAACUACACGGUUGCCAAGCCAAUCCCCUGGUCAGGCAGCUUCUCCUCCAGGGAGUCCGGUGAGGACUGACCUGGUUCUCGGGCAGUCGAAGAGCAAAGAAAAUACUCCUGAGAGAGCCAAAGAAGAUCGGACUGAAGACUUUCUGGGUCGUGUUGCUUCUGAGCCGCAAACCAAGUUGACUGAAUCGCAGGCCAUCAAGCUUCUAAGUUCAUUAGAUGCUGACUCAUUCAAAAGGCUUCUCAAGGGUCUUCUAGAAAAGGUGUGGUGGCAGAGAGAAGCAGCAUCGGCAGUGGCAACGACAGUGACUCAAUGCAAAUUGGGUAGCGGUAGACAGCGUGGCAAUAGUUCAAAGGGUGACAUUUGGCUGUUAUUCACUGGUCCAGACAGGGUUGGCAAGAAGAAGAUGGCAUCAGCUCUAUCAGAUCUUGUUUGUGGCACAAAUCCAAUAAUGGUUCCUCUUGGGUCACGGCGUGAUGAUGGGGAAUCCAAUGUGAAUUUCCGUGGUAAAACCGCACUCGAUCGAAUAGUUGAGGCUGUUAGGAGGAACCCGUUCUCCGUAAUUAUGCUUGACGACAUUGAUGAAGCAGACGUGCUUGUUCGUGGGAGCAUAAAGCGGGCCAUGGAUAGAGGACGACUUUCUGAUUCCCAUGGCCGUGAGAUUAGUCUUGGAAAUGUUAUCUUCAUUCUCACUGCAAAUUGGUUACCGGACAAUAUGAAAUUUCUAUCGAGUGGUGCUUCACUCGAUAACACAAAUCUUGCUGGUUUGGUAAGUGGAGGGUGGCAGUUAAGGUUAUCUCUCUGCGAGAAAACAGCAAAGCGACGAGCCAGUUGGUUGCCCUGUGAGGCGAGGCCUGCAAAGCCAAGAAAAGACACUGGUUCAGGACUGUCAUUUGACUUGAAUGAAGCUGCUGAUGAUGCCGAGGAGGAUAAAGCGGACGGAUCUCGAAAUUCGAGUGAUCUCACUAUUGAUCAUGAAGAUGAACAUGUCUUUAAUAAUCGACAGCUAACGCCUGCAGCGACAUCAGGAUCUAGUGAGUUGAUCAAAUCAGUAGACGAUAGCAUUAUUUUCAAACCUGUUGAUUUAGCCUCCCUUCGAUCCGAGAUAUCAAAGUCCAUAACCAAAAAGUUCUCAACCAUCAUCGGUCAAGAAUCAUCAUUCGAAAUUCAAGACGAUGCGCUCGACAAGAUAGCCGGUGGGCUAUGGUUAAGUAGAGGCAGUUUAGAAGAAUGGACUGAGAAGGCAUUGGUUCCAAGCAUUCGCCAACUCAAGUUACACUUACGGACGGUCGGAGAAGGUUCCACCAUCAUACGGCUAGAACCGGACAGUGAUUCCGGUAGCCGGAGCGACGAAGAGUGGCUGCCAAGCAGUGUAAGAGUAGUGGUUGAUGGUUUGUGAUGGCACAGUGGACAGUUCAAUUGGUUAGAGUUGUAAAUAUGGUUUCAACUGUUUUUGGCGGGGUGGUGAAACUGAAAACGGUUGAAAAGGGUAAAGAAGGAAAAACAGCUAGAGAAAAAAGGGAAGUUGAUAGAUUAAUGGAACCUUUAGCCAGCAAGUAAAAUCUCGCCUUUUUUUAUUAUUUUUUAAUCUCUUUCUUUUCCAUAUAAUGUUUUUUUUAAUGGUUAGAGAAUUUUUUUAUAGUAUUUACCAUAUAAUUUUUGUUCGAGAAAUAGUAAAUUUACCAUAUAGAUAUUUUUACUUAGAGCUAUCAUUUAUCAAAAGUGGAGCAUUCUUGUUAUUCCAGCAAA